AUGCUUUUCUGUUCUAGACUAGGUGCAACCAAUUUAUGUAUUGCAAUCAUAGAAAAACAUAUUAUUCGUUUGGCCGACAAGAAAGCUCAACAGCUAGUUCAACUUGUACUGUGUCAGUUAAGUUUACCGAUUACGUCGAAUCAUGCAGUAAUAAAUAGUCGUUCUAUCACAACAAAUUCAUUGUUAUCAAUGAAUGUCAAUGGGACAAUAUUGCUACGUCGAUCAUCGAGUAGCAGUACACGUGAUAGAAAAUCUCUGAUGAAGAACAACACUCCAACUCGUUAUAGUGUACCAGCAACGAAAAGUGAUUUUGUUAAAUUCCAAUCCCGAUUUCCAACUAAUACCAUUCACACAAUGAAUUUUCAUAGUUCGGCGAAUAUUAAUAAAAAUAAUUUUGUACAGUAUUCAUUUAGUUUAAGGAAACCGUGGGUACCGAAAAUCGAUAGAAAUCGAUGUCAUCUACUUAGUAUUCAAAAUUUUGUCAAUGAGUUAAUUGAUCAAUGUAUGAGAGCGGCAUUUGUACAGAUUGAUUAUAUUCGUUUGUCUGAGAAAUCAUCCAGCAACACGAGUGAUAUUGAUGAGAAUUUAGCAACAUCUAUUCUAUUGUUUGAUUGUUACCCACCAUUUAAGUCUUCUGAAAAAUUGAACACAAUACAGUCGUUUGCUGAUCAACUAUUAACUUCGUCUUUCCAACAAUCAUACGAUAAUAUGAAACAAUAUUCCUCUCUGGAAUACAGAGACAAUGUUGUUCGAGUAUUCUCAGAUAAAGUUGUUAAAAGCGUUUUAAAUGAAGUAAUUGACAGUAUGAAAUAUCAAAAUAAACUCAUAAAAAGAAUAGAUAAUCGAAUAGACGGCGAGAAACGUUCGACAUCAUUAAUGAUAGAUGAUGAAAAAACUAGUCGGGAAACACAAAAACUAAUCUUAUUAUCUGAUGAGGAGAAUAAUGAUGAUGAAGUAGCGAAAAAGGAUAGUUUAUUUGUUAGACAGAUUCAACAUCGUUCAUCAAGUACAUUUAAUGCAUUGAAGAAGAAAAAGAAAUUAAAUUCAAAUAAUGAGAAUGAUGAACAACAUCAAUUAACAUUAAAUUUUGUCACAAUGGUGACGAAACAUAUUUAUGACGAUAUAUUUAAUGAAUUAAAGAGGUAA